AUGUAUCUUGGACUCACAGAUCUCGCCAAAGGCCUUCUUGGUGGUAGUGUCUCGGCAGGAAACACCAAUGGACUCACCAACUCGAAAGGUGGUGACCAUUACUACACAAGAGGCGACAUCACCGAACGUGGCCCUUGUCCAGGCUUGAAUGCCCUAGCGAACCAAGGUUAUCUUCCGCGUAAUGGCAGAAACAUUACUCUGCCUCAAGUCGAAGAAGCUCUGAUGGCAGCCCUGCACAUGGACAAGGCUCUGGCAACAGCCAUAACGAACCCUCUUCGACAGCUCCUUCGCAAAGACGGGACCUUUGACUUGGUCUUUAUGCGCCAGCAUAAUGCCAUCGAACACGAUGCCUCCUUCACCCGCUUGGACUUCCGCGACGGCGACAACUACAACUUCCAACCGAUGCUCUUCCGCAAAAUGCUCGAUGAUGCUAAUGGCGGUCCCGUCACCGUCAGCAGUCUUGCCCGCACAUAUGUGAGAAGGAACAAAGAGAGCAGAGAUGCAGGUGCCCCUGCUUUACCUUGGAGCCUCUGGUUUGUGAAUCUCUUGCAGAGUGUGAGUCUGAUGAACACAGCAAAGAUGAAUGGAGAGUUGAGCAGAGAAGUGAUGACGACGUUCUACGAGGAGGAGAGGUUUCCAGAGGAGAUUUUGGAAAAUGGGGAGACCAGGACUUUAGUCGGGUUGCUAGGAUACGCGAUGUCUUUGCUGUUUUGUAUCGUGUUCAGGAUCUGA